AUGACGGGAAAUGGAUUCCUCAAAGUUCUUCUGCUGUGUUUGUGGAGUAAAACCAAGCGAGGAAAAUCCCACCUGGCCAUUGUGCAGAAGGUGAACAACGAGGGGGAGGGAGAUCCUUUCUAUGAAGUGCUGGGGUUGGUCACCCUGGAGGACGUGAUCGAGGAGAUUAUCAAAUCAGAGAUUCUGGAUGAAUCGGACCUUUACACUGAUAACCGCACCAGGAAAAAGGUGGCGCCCAAUAAGAAUAAGCGAGACUUCUCUGCCUUCAAGCACGAGAGUGAGUCGAAAGUGAAGAUCUCUCCGCAGCUGCUGCUCGCUGCUCAUCGCUUCCUGGCUACAGAGGUGAGCCUGUUCAGCCCGUCGCAGAUCUCAGACAAGGUGCUGCUGCGAAUCCUGCGGCAUCACGACGUGAUCCAGGAGAUCAAGUUUAACGACAGCGACAAGCGCUCGCCCCAUCACUACGUCUACCAGAGGGGCAAGCCCGUCGACUACUUCGUUCUCAUCCUCCAGGGCCGAGUGGAAGUGGAGGCUGGUAACGAGAACAUGAAGUUUGAGACCGGACCUUUCUCUUUCUACGGCGUCAUGGCGAUCAGUGCUCCCACACUGGAGUUUCGUUCACCGUCGCACCUCAGCGGGUUGAACCGAACAGCGUCUCUGAGCGGAGCGGACCGGACAGAGUCUCUCUCCAUCAGCGGCAGCAACAGCCAACUCAACAACAGCUUCACCUCGCAGCAGUACACACCCGACUUCUACGUCCGAGCCCUCACUGACCUGCAGUUUGUUAAGAUCACACGGACUCAGUACCAGAACGGCCUGAUGGCGUCUCGUCUAGACAGCACGCCUCAGUCCCCGGAGAGCGGCCACAACGCAGUUUCCCUGGAUCAGACCACUCCCCCCGCCACCGCCAACACCACCGCCAUCACGUACCUGGCCGCGGACUCCACCGCGACGGAAAACGGGCCGGACGAGACGACGCUCCUCCUCCUCAACGAGCAGAACUCACCGCACACAGCCAACCACCACAGCCAGCUGGAACACAGCAUCUGACCCCACCCCCCAGCCGAUCCUCCAUACUCCUACGUUUGCACGCACGCACGGCUACGCUCGGAUAUAUACGCUGAGGAAGGGGAGGAGUGUGUGUGUUGGUGUGUGUGAAUGGGAAUGCAGACAAAUGCCAGGGCCAGGCCCAAAGAAACAAGCCAUGUGCACGCAUAUCGUUGAAUAUGCAAGAAUUGAACACAACGUACAUACACGCAGACAUACCAAAAUGCAUCAUGGGAACUUUCCUUGUACACUUUUUCACGUAAAAAGACUCACUAAACACAGAACUCAUCUAGUUCACUGAAAUCAAAGAAUAUCUGCAUCUGUGUGUGUGUGUGUGUGUGUGUGUGUGUGUGUGUGUGUGUGUGUGUGUGUGUUUGCGCGCUCCUCGUGUUUUAACUGACGACAAAGUUCUGAAGGACCUGCCUCUUUGGACCAGAAAGCUCCUCCCUCUCUUGCCCGUCAAAGUAAUCGCUCUUCGGAGGCCUCGCCCAUCC